GCAGUCCUCUCUGCAGAGUUCAAAAGACUAAGUAAAACAUUAGCAUGGCACCACAGAGAAUCUUGAUUACAGGGUGCAAUCGAGGAAUUGGACUGGAACUUGUACGUCAGCUACUGCAACAGCCCAGUCCUCCUAAGCAAAUCUUUGCAACUUGUCGUGAUCCAAGUCCAACUUCCCCUCAGAAUAAGGAAUUGAAUGAUCUUGCUGCCAAAAACCCAAGUGUUGUGGUGAUUAAACUGGAGGCUACAAAAUCCAAAAGCAUCCAAGAGGCCAAAAAUGAAGUGGAAAAACAUCUAAAUGGAGCUGGACUCAAUGUACUGAUUAAUAAUGCUGGUAUUAUGCAUACUAGCACACUGGAAUCUGCAGAUUCAGAUGACUUUUUGAAUAUUUACAACACAAAUGUGGUGGGACCAUUACUCAUAACAAAGACCUUUUUGCCAUUGUUGAAAAAGGCAGCAGAAGAAAAUCCAGGAAAGCCUCUUGGCUGUGACAAAUGUGCUUUGAUAAAUGUUUCAACGCUGUUGGGAUCUAUUGAAAAAACUCCUGAAACAUUUGUCCCAUUUCAAUUCCUCUCCUACCGCUGCAGCAAGGCUGCUCUUAAUAUGCUAACUCGCUGUCAGUCAGUUGCAUAUCAGAAAGAUGGGAUACUCUGCACUGCUCUUCACCCUGGAUGGGUUCAAACAGAUCUUGGAGGACCUCAUGCCCCUCUCUCAGUUGAUCAAAGUGUAAAAGGAAUAAUCAAGGUGUUGGACAAUCUUUCAGAGAAACAUUCUGGAAUUCUUGUGGAUUGGGAAGGAAAUGUUAUCCCCUGGUGAAAAAAA